GAGAGUCCCCAACCUUCAUCAUGGUCAAUGAAGAGUCCCCACAGUCAUUGGAGAGUCCUCAACCUUCAUCAUGGUCAAUGGAGAGUCCUCAACCUUCAUCAUCCUCAUGGAGAGUCCCCAACCUUCACCGUGGUCAAUGAAGAGUCCCCAACCUUCAUCAUCCUCCUCAAGCUCUUGGGCUUCAUCCUCCACCUUGAAGAGCUUCGAGGAGCCCUUGGCCUUCAUCAGGAGAGUCCUUGGCCUUCCUCCUCCUCAGAGAGCCCUUGGCCUUCAUCAGGAGAGUCUUUAAUCUUCAUCCUCCUCAGAGAGUCAUUGACCUUCAUCAGGAGAGCCCUUGGCCUUCAUCAUCCUCCUCUCCAUGGAAGAGCCCUUGACCUUCAUCCUCCUCCUCCUCAGAGCUGCCCUUCGUCCCCUCCCCCGCUGUCACCGAGGCCCCUCCCACCCCCUCCCCCCACUUUGGGUCCAUUCCCCCCUUUUUUUGCUCCAGUCUUGGUCACUUUGCCCACUUUUUGCUCGUUUUUGGGUCAUUUCCCCCAUUUUUGUUCAUUUUUCCCAAUUUUUCGUUCAUUUUUCCCAAUUUUUCGUUCAUUUUUCCCAAUUUUUCGUUCAUUUUUCCCAAUUUUUCGUUCAGUUUUCCCAAUUUUUUGUUCAGUUUUCCCAAUUUUUUGUUCAUUUUCCCCAUUUUUUCCUUCAUUUCCCCCAUUUUUUUCAUUUCCCCCAUUUUUUUCAUUUCCCCCCAUUUUCCUCAUUUCCUUUUUUUUACCAUUUUCCCUUUUUUCUUCCUCAUUUUCUUCAUUUCGCUCCUUUUUUACCCAUUUUUGGUCGUUUUUCCUCCACUUUGUUCAUUUUUUUGGUUUCACUUGGUCUCCCCAAGCUCAUGUCCAACCUGUUCCAUGGCCUCUGACUGCGAUCUGCUGUCCACCUAGCUUCAUCCCCCCUCACAACCCUGGGGACUCCUUGGAGAUGAAGGGCUGCUGUGCCAGCACCUACUGCUCCAGGAAGGGAGUGCAAGGGGAAGAUGCUACACUCGCAGGGGCAAAGAAGGUUCAUUUUGCCAUGGGAUCCCAGGAGGUCACCAUGCACAUCGUCAAUGGGGUCUGA